AACUUGGUUCAUUCAAAGCACAGCAAGAAAGGAACUGUAAUAAUGUCGGAUUCCAAACAUUUGUGAUUUUUAUAAAGGAUGUUUAGCUUUAAAUGUGUUGUUCACGAUGGCUAGCGAGGGGCCAAGAAGGCAUGGCCACAUGAAAAUCCGUCUUACAGUGCUCUGCGCAAAGAACAUCGCCAAGAAAGAUUUCUUCAGACUCCCUGACCCGUUUGCGAAGAUAACUGUCGAUGGUUCUGGCCAGUGCCACUCUACGGACGUUUGUAAGAACACGCUUGACCCCAAGUGGAACCAGCAUUAUGACUUGUACGUGGGCCACAAAGACUCCAUCACCAUCAGCGUAUGGAACCACAAGAAAGUCCACAAGAAACAGGGCGCAGGUUUUCUUGGCUGUGUGCGCAUCAUGUCCAACGCUAUUCAUCAGCUUAAAGACACGGGAUUCCAGAGACUUGACCUGCAGCGCCAGAACUCGGACGACAACGACGCAGUGCGGGGUCAGAUCGUCAUCAGCCUCAUCUCCAGGGACCGCGGGGCUGGAACAUCCGGUCAGCAGGUGCCGGACACGUCGGCCAACUCACCGGCCAUACCGUACGACCCCAACGAGUUACCGGAAGGGUGGGAGGAGAGAAGGGCAGCCAAUGGGCGUGUACAUUAUGUCAAUCAUGUGACCAGAACUACCCAAUGGGAGAGACCUACAAGGCCUGCGUCAGAAACUGUGAGACCUGCAAGUGUUGUGGGCACCCCCCGCGCCCCAGGGGACAGCUCCCCUUCUCCGGCGUCACUGGCCAGCUCCUCCAGCAACAGAGUGACCACCAACAUGUCUAGCCACAGCAGCAGCACCAGCCUGUCUCACAGCAACAAGGACAACAACGCCAGCACCACCACCUGGGUCAACGGCAGCACCAACGGCGUCAGCAGCAACGGUGCAGGGGACAGGGGGAGCAUCAGCGACGGGUCAAACACCACCAGCACAGCAACACAUCAGUUUGUCAGGCGGAGGUCAACGCGACAUCGGAACUACAUGAGUCGGGCACAGCUGCAUGAUGCAGUAGAGUUGCCCGAUGGUUAUGAACAACGUACAACACAGCAGGGCCAGGUUUACUUUCUACACACACGUACAGGUGUGAGCACGUGGCAUGACCCACGUGUGCCCAGACAAGUGGAGCUGAGGGAGGAGGACCUCGGCCCCAUGCCCGAGGGGUGGGAGGUCAGGAAGACCACCAGCGGCCGCGUGUAUUUUGUUGACCACAACAACAGGACCACACAGUUCACUGACCCCAGGCUGUCCCAAAACUUACAUCUGCUGCAGGAGAAAACUACAAAGCCCCCCACACAAGACAAAGAGAAUGAACAACCCAACCUGCCCAAGUACAAGCGUGACCUGGUCCAGAAGUUGAAGAUUUUAAAGCAGGAGAUCACGGCACUCCAGCCCCAGACUGGACACUGUAGGCUGGAGGUCAGCAGGGAGGAAGUCUUUGAGGAUUCUUAUCGGCAUGUCAUGAAGAUGAGGUCUAAAGAACUACGUAAACGUCUCAUGGUCAAGUUCAAGGGCGAGGAAGGUUUAGAUUAUGGUGGUGUAGCCAGGGAGUGGUUCUACCUUCUGUCCCAUGAAAUGUUGAACCCAUACUACGGGUUGUUCCAGUACUCAAGGGAUGACAUCUACACCCUACAGAUCAACCCUGACUCUGGCGUCAACCCUGAGCACUUGUCAUAUUUCCACUUUGUGGGCCGUGUGAUUGGCAUGGCCAUCUUCCACAGCCACUACCUGGACGGUGGCUUCACAAUGCCCUUCUACAAGCAGCUACUGGGCAAACCUGUCACGCUGGAUGACCUUGAGAGUGUUGACCCACAUUUACAUCGCAGCCUCUGCUGGAUGCUAGAAAACAACAUAGAAAAUGUCCUGGACCACACCUUCUCUGUAGAGCACAACUCAUUUGGUUGUUUGCAGGAGUACGAACUGAAGCCAGGGGGCAAGGAGAUGAAGGUCACGGAGGAAAACAAGAAGGAAUAUGUCAAGUUGUAUGUACAGUGGAGGUUCAUGCGAGGGAUAGAAGCACAGUUCCUGUCUCUACAGAAAGGUUUUAAUGAAAUCAUUCCUCAACAUCUGCUCAGACCAUUUGAUGAACGCGAGUUGGAGUUGAUGAUUGGCGGCCUGGGCAAGAUUGACCUGGAUGACUGGAAGAAGCACACGCGACUAAAGCACUGUACGGCUGAGAGCAACAUUGUGAGGUGGUUCUGGAGGGCUGUGGACAGCUUUGAUGACGAGAUGCGGGCCAGGCUCUUGCAGUUUGUUACAGGCAGCUCCAGGGUUCCACUCCAGGGAUUCAAGGCAUUACAAGGUUCUACUGGUGCGGCUGGUCCGCGACUGUUCACCAUCCAUCAGGUCGACAUCUGCACAGACAACUUGCCCAAAGCUCACACAUGUUUUAAUCGCCUUGAUAUCCCACCUUACGAAAACUUUGAGAAAUUUUUGUCCAAGUUGACGUGUGCUGUAGAGGAGACAUGCGGGUUUGCUGUGGAGUAAAAGCUGAUCAUGUGACCUGCUGGUCAUGUGACCUGGCUGGUCAUGUGACCUGGCUGGUCAUGUGACCUGGGUGGACUAGCUGGACGUAUAGACAAUUCCUGAAGUGAAUGAAUAUUUCAGAAGUCUGUUGACAAGAGCAUCGUUGCCACAUUGGCUUGUCAGUUUCUCAAGUUCUGUGUUUGCUUGCUGAAACACAAAAAGUGUCGUCACUAGCAUGAUGCUACCUGCACCCAUCACCUACCUUAUGUCAGUCCACACUGAUGACACAUGACAUUUCUGUGACAUCUCUAUAAAAUGCUCACUACUAUUUAUAGAAAGAUUCCUGACAGAGGGUCAAAUACUCAGCUGGUUUCUGGCUCAACCAAGUUCAAGGACAGGUCAUGACCUGCUGAUUUUCCUACAGGCUGGAAACUCAUUUACUAGCAGUAAAAAAAACUUGACUGUUUUCAUUUGAGUGUAUAUUAUUUAAAUUAUAAACCUGAUAAAAAUUGUAAACAUGGUUUGAAAACUGAAUUAAAAUAGGAAAUAUUUCCUGUUUGGAACAGUUUGUGGUUUAAAAAAUAGAGUUUGGAUUUGAAAAAAUUUCUGUGAAAAACUUUGGAGUCUGCAGCAACAAUCUCAAGUGCGGAGUUAGCUUUGCUUGUGUGUUGUGUGAAACAAGUGCUGUGAUGCCAAUCUUCUUCUCUCCCUUGGCCUUCAAGAAAACAGCAUUGCGGUUCCUGUGUAUAUUUUUGUUGACCUGGAUUUGAUUACUCAGCUGAUACUAAAGAUAUUUUUCCUGUCAUUUUGGUUUGUAAAAAUUUCUGUGGAUCCACCUUUUUAUAUAACCAUGGUUUUAAAAAGUAUUCUAUAAUAAUCCAAGGCUCUUAUGUGUGAGAUAGACAGAAGGGUUUAUAUUAAAAAUUAGGUCAACUAUCAAAUUAUAGUUUUUGAGACAGAAAGUCAAAAAUUGUAAAAAUCUAAAGGCAAGUGAUAAUCUAUUUAUAGUUUAUUAUUUGUCCAAGUACUGAUAAUUAGGUCACCUUGUCUUUGAAACGGACAGUGUAGAUGGUAUUAUUUUCUGAUUAAAUGAAUGAUAGUAACUAGACCUGUGUAUAUUUGUAAAUGUUGAACACACCUGUAAGGUCUAUGUGUGUUACAACACCUGGUUUUCUAAACGUGUUACUAACACAUGUGUAAGGUGAACAGAUUUUGGUGGGCACACUUUUAUAAUUUAAAAUAAAAGUUCUUAGUUUAUUAGAUGGCACCCAGAGGAUGUAUUUAUUUGAUGUGUCUAAUCUAAGACAUGCCACGGUUGACUGACUGCAGGUAACUUCCACUGCUGAUUGAAUUUGGCUGCAGAUGAUGGUGGGUUUCUAGGAUGUCCCUAGGUCUAGCAGAGACCAUGAGUUUUUAGGAUAUCCCUAGGUCUAGCGGAUGACCAUGAGUUUUUAGGAUAUCCCUAGGUCUAGCAGAGACCAUGAGUUUUUAGGAUGUCCCUUGGUCUAGCGCAGGGGUCUCCAAACUACGGCCCGCGGGCCGAAUGCGGCCCGCGAAGUCCUCUCAUCCGGCCCGCUGAGAUCUUUUUGUCCAAGGAAAAAUCGUUUGUUGGUGAUGGCUGAGGAACUUUGCCCAGAAAAAUCAAAUACAUGCCUGGAAGAAACUGGCCCCCGAACUGAAAUUUGAUAGUUAAUGCGGCCCUCGGACUGAAAAGUUUGGAGACCCCUGGUCUAGCGGAUGACCAUGAGUUUUCAGGAUACGCUUAAGUCUAGUGGAUGACCUUGACAUUUUAGGAAGUCCCUAAAUCUAGACAUUGGCUGUUCUCUGCACUGGCCUUAAAAUUCUCUAAAAGUGCCAUGGAUUUAGACAGGUCUAAUCUACUUCACCUGCCUAAACCAUCACACUGUAGUUUUUAGCUAUUAAAGUUGAAAGUUUAAUAUUGUUAAAAGAUAGUGUAAUGUUUUCCACAGCCAUGAUUUUUUUAAAAACCUGUAUGUAGCAAUGUAACUAGAUGUUCCUACCUAAGGCCUUCAUCAGCAUGAUGUAGUGACAGGGUAAUACCAAAUGUUUACAUGGAGAUAAAAAUGACUAUCACUUAUCUUCACCUCAUUAUUGCAAAUUAUUUUUUUGUAAACAAUUAAUGCUAAUGUAAGCAGAAAAUGUUCAAAGUAAUUUUUGGCUCUUUAUAUAAUGUAAUGGUGCCUUAGUCAUUGGAGAUCCAUUUCACCUCAAAAUUUUAUUUUUAGCAAAUUCGCAAUGUUUACAAUUGUUUCAAUAUUUUUCUAUUCACAGUUUUUAACCGUGUGUUUCUGUUACAGCAGUUUAAAAUGUGUCAUCUCUUCAUUCAGAGAUUUGGCCUGCAGGUUUUUUGUUGGGACCCUAUUUUCCAAAAUACUUCCAUCAUUUCUAUAAAAAUAUGACUGUUAUAGAGGGCAGCCCAGCUUACAGACAUGCUAUUAAAGUCUUGUUUUUUAAUACUAGUAUAUUAUGUAGACUAAGAUUUACAUACUAGUGAAAAAAACUUGUGUUUGUUUGCCAAAGACCUGCGUUUGUUAGCAACAGACCUGCGUUUGUUUGCCAAAGACCUGCGUUUAUAUUCUAGCUCACCCCCACUUGUCAUCCUCCAUCAUCACACAGAUGUGUUAUAUAGUUUUAAAAAAUCCAUAAUAUUUUUCUAAUUAAUAUAUGUGAAUCCUGGGAUGAUGUAUUAUUGUAUUCAGACAUAAUUUAUUCUUUUAGCAUAACAUUUUCUUAUUUCAUCUAUUUGUUGUAUUUUUAAAUCACCUUACAUUUUUCAGUUUUAUUAAUUUAUAAUUUAAUUAUUCAGCGAAGACAUCAAUUUCUAUAAAGAUUGAUUAAUUCAUUAUUUACUUUAAUGCAUAUUGCAAUAGUUUUUUUUUUAUUGUAAUUAGCAAUAUAGUGACGUGGAAUUCUGGGAAAGAUAUAGAGUUCAGCUAAUUUUUUCACGGUUUCCAAACUGAUUUUACCGGCUUAUUUUUGUGAUGGUUGUAUGGCCAUGUGUUUUUUAUUGAAUUGUACGAGCCAAUUUUUUUUGUUAGGUUUAUGUAUUGAUGGAAGCAAAGUUAAUUUUUCCUGAUUUGCAUGUUGCAUGAAUGUAAAAUGUUUGUUCAUUGGCUGAUCAACUCCAUGAGUGCUGAUUGGCAAUCCUCUCAACUUUUAUACAAACUAUUCAUUGUGUAAGAUGAUCUGUGUACAUUUUCUCCCAAAGUAUUUGACAAGGUCAAUUGAUAAUUUCAGACACUGUGGCAGAUUCUUUUAUUUUUACAAAUUAAUGUAAAAUUUGUCUCCCCUUACAUGAUAAAUUGUGAAUGUUGUAAUUUUUGAUAAUUGAUUUCUCAUGUAGAAUAAAGCUUGUACAACAAC